UCAUAGCUUCGAGUGAUCCUGAGAGGUCGAGAGUUCGAGCCUCUCUCACCCCAAUUUUAGAACUAUUUUUAUUUCGUUUGUUGUUUUUGUAAGGAUGCUCCAUUCUUUCUUUUUAAGCCCUAAACCAUGUCUCCUUCUUCCCUUUCUCUCUCCCUCUCUGUUCCGGAAAAACAACCCUAACUAGGGCUUUCAGUUUUCACAAAAUGGUGAAGAAGAGCAAGAAGAGCAAGAGUAAGAGAGUGCCGCUGAGGAAGAAGUAUAAGAUCAUAAGGAAGGUGAAAGAGCACCACAAGAAGAAGGCUAAAGAAGAGAAGAAGCUUGGUCUUAAGCAUAAGCGCAAGGUCGAGAAGGACCCUGGCAUCCCCAAUGAUUGGCCCUUCAAGGAACAGGAGCUCAGGGCCCUUGAAGCUCGCAGGGCUCGGGCUCUUGAGGAGCUGGAGGGGAAAAAAGCCGCACGGAAGGAGAGGGCCCAGAAGAGAAAAUUGGGGUUGCUUGAGGAGGAUGAUGAUAUAGCCCAGCUUGCUGAUACAGCUGCAGGAAAGGAACAGAAGUUUGGAGAGAAAAACAUUGGUGAGAAUUCCUUGGGAAGUGGUAGAAACCGGGAUAAUUCAGAUAGGGCUUUCUACAAAGAGUUGGUUAAAGUUAUAGAAGCAUCAGAUGUCAUUUUAGAAGUUCUUGAUGCUCGUGAUCCCCUUGGUACCCGGUGUGUUGACAUGGAAAAGAUGGUAUUGAAGUCUGGUCCUGAUAAGCAUCUUGUCUUGCUGCUGAAUAAGAUUGAUCUUGUUCCCCGAGAAGCUGUUGAGAAAUGGCUCAAAUAUCUUCGGGAGGAGUUACCUGCAGUAGCAUUCAAGUGUAGCACCCAAGAACAGAGAUCAAAUUUAGGGUGGAAAUCUGGAUCAAAGGCCUCAAAGCCAAGCAAUCUUCUGCAAACCAGUGACUGUCUUGGAGCUGAGACUCUUUUAAAGUUGCUGAAAAACUAUUCAAGAAGUCAUGAGAUCAAAAAGUCAAUUACAGUUGGUGUUAUUGGACUUCCUAAUGUUGGCAAGAGUAGUUUGAUUAAUAGCUUGAAGAGAUGUCAUGUUGUCAAUGUUGGUGCUACUCCAGGAUUAACAAGAUCAAUGCAAGAAGUACAGUUAGAUAAGAGUGUGAAAUUGCUGGACUGUCCUGGGGUUGUAAUGCUGAAGUCUGCAGAGAAUGAUGCAUCUAUAGGUCUUCGUAAUUGCAAAAGAAUUGAGAAACUAGAUGAUCCUAUUGGUCCUGUGAAAGAAAUUCUUAAGCUUUGCCCUGCCAAAACAUUGAUAACAAUAUACAAGCUUCAAAACUUUGAUACAGUGGAUGACUUCCUACAGAAGGUAGCUACUGUUAGAGGUAAGCUCAAGAAGGGUGGUGCUGUUGAUGUUGAAGCUGCUGCAAGAAUAGUUCUCCGUGACUGGAAUGAGGGUAAAAUUCCAUAUUAUACAAUGCCUCCAACUAGGAAUCAAGGGGAGAAUUUUGAGGCAGCUAUUGUAUCAGAGCUUGGGAAAGAGUUCAAUGUUGAUGAAGUUUACAAGGGUGAAACAUCAUUCAUUGGAAGCCUCAAAUCUGUAGAGGAUUUCCAUCCUGUUGAAAUUCCUCCAAGUUGUCCUUUAAAUUUUGAUGAGAAGAUGCAAGAAGUUUGCUCUCCAGCUCAUUUUAAUGAUGAUGUACAACCUGAAGUGUUAAUUCUAGGGGAUGCCCAACCCAGGGAAAUGACUGAAGAUGAUGGCGAUCAACCCAUGGGAUGUGAUGAAGAUGAUGCAGGAAAGACCAAAGGCAAGACUGUCAAUAGCAGGCAAACUGAAAAAUUAUAUGCAGCAAAAGGGAUAUUGAAUACAAGGCUUCUUAAGGCAGAGAAGAAGAAACGGAAGAAAGCUAAGAAAGGAUCUGGAACAGACAUGGAUGCCGACUACGAUUUUAAGGUGGAUUAUGCUAAGAGAGGAUCCACAAUGGAUGUUGGUGAUGAAAGUGGAGAGGGUGAAGAUGGUGAUAAAAUCAGCGCUGAGGUGCCCAUGGCUGGUAUCGUGUUUGAUGAGUGAGGAUAACAUGAUUAGGUUAUGAUGGCACCUCAUUCUGCAAAUUAUUGUACAAUACUUGCGCUUUGGGGCUUCCUCAUUGGUUGUCCCUCCUUAUAAAUAUAUACAAAAUAAUAUAAAAUAUAAGAUUUUGCGCUCUACAUAUUUGUAUUUGUACUCCUUCCAAAUGGAGCCUUAUUGACAAAUGAAUAGAUGUUUUUUGUUCAAGAAGA